AUGAUCGGCCACACCGAGACCGCCAGGGUCUCUAGUGGAUCUGAGUCUCUCGCUGGAGACAAGGAAGCCACACAACACGUCGAGAGAAUCCAAACAAGAGACACUGAGCAUGGCAACGCUGGCUAUCUCGAAAAGGAUGGCCUCCGUACCGAUAACGACGACCAGGAUCAUUACACAGAGCCCCCUAUGUCGUUCAACCGUAUGAUGAGUCUUAUUGCCAUGGCUAUGCUUUGGACUGGCUCUCAGAUUCCCGUCUAUCUGUUUGGAGGAAUUCCUCCUUACAUCUACGCUGAUAUUGGCGGUGCUGAUCGUUGGAUUUGGCUUGUCCUGGCCAAUCUCUUGUCUCUGGCUGCGGUCUGUCCCUUCGUUGGCUCCCUCAGUGAUAUCUUCGGUAGAAGAUACGUCGCUAUCAUCGGCGCCGCUUUUGUUGUCCUGGGCAUGAUCAUCUGUUCAACUGCCCACAGCAUGAACGUCUUCAUUGGAGGCAUGGUCUUUGCAGGAAUCGGCGCUGGCAUCAACGAGCUCACCGCUCUCGCUGCUACAAGUGAGCUCGCUCCCACUGCGAAGAGAGGAAAGUACGUAGCGAUCCUCAUCUUCAGCAUUCUACCCUUCUGCCCCAGUGUGCUUUGGGGACAACUAAUCGCUGCCCACUCCUCGUGGCGAUGGGUCGGUGCACUCUGUGCCAUCUGGGCAUUCCUUGGACUUGUCUUGACCGCUUGCUUCUACUUCCCUCCCCCUAGAGUGAACUCCUCGGGUCUCUCGAAGAUGGAGACUUUCAAGCAGGUCGACUUUGUUGGUGGCUUCCUCAGCGUUAGUGGCAUGAUUCUGUUCAUGUGCGGCAUGCAAUGGGGCGGUUACCAAUACAAGUGGGGAAGCGCACACGUUCUUGCCCCCUUGAUCCUAGGAGCUGUCCUUCUCAUUGCGUUCGUUUUCUGGGAGGCCUACGGUGCCAAGUACCCUAUGUUCCCCAAGAGACUUCGCCAGGAGCCUCGCAUUCUCUCGCUCACGCUCCUUAUCACGUUCAUCUCCGGCGCAAACUUCUUCAGUCUGCUGAUGUUCUGGCCCACUCAGGCAUUCAACAUGUACGGCCAUGACCCCGUCGGAGUUGGUCUUCGUGGACUCCCCGUCGGCUUCUCCAUCCUUGCUGGUGCCUGUAUUGUUCUCUGGCUCCUUUCCGUGUUCCGUGGUCACAACAAGGCCUUGAUGAUUGUGUCGUCGGUCCUUAUGACCGCGGGAUGUGGUGCACUUUCCAUCGCCCGCGUGGACAACCUAGGUCAACUCUGGGGUAUCCUUGUGGUCGCAGGCCUCGGUAUUGGCGGAAUCGUUGUCCCUGCCUCCAUCAUCACCACCAUCAUCUGCCCUGACGACCUCAUCGCUACCGUAGCAGCAUUGACCCUGGCAAUUCGUGUCAUCGGUGGAUCCAUUGGAUACUGCGUCUACUACAACGUCUUCAUUAACAAGUUCAUCCCAGCGGCCAAAAUCUCGAUCGGCGGCACUAUGUUCUUCAAGCUGAACAUUUCCAGCAUUCCCGUCAUCACCAGCGCCAUCGAACUCACUGGCGCAAGUUUGUUGGAAGAACUGCACAUGCUUCCCGGCAUAAAGGGUGUUCCUGGUGCAUACGAGUUGGUUGUGGCCGCAGGACAGACGGCAUACGCGGAAGCAUACAAGUAUGUGUACUACGUGUCGAUCGCCUUUGGAGCCAUCUCGAUCAUCGCUGCUUGCUUCCUGGGCGAUAUCAACAAGUACAUGGACGACCAUGUGGCCGUGGUCAUGCACUGA